UCUCUUUGGUCCCAGCAGGUGAAAGGACGCGAAGCUACAGCAAAGAUGACAACAUUACGGCCGUUUACCUGCGAUGAUCUGUUUAAAUUCAACAAUAUAAACCUGGAUCCUCUGACAGAAACUUAUGGGAUCCCCUUUUACCUCCAGUAUCUGGCUCACUGGCCGGAGUACUUCAUUGUUGCCGAGGCUCCUGGUGGUGAACUGAUGGGCUACAUCAUGGGGAAGGCGGAGGGAUCUGUGGCUCGUGAGGAGUGGCAUGGUCAUGUCACCGCUCUGUCUGUUGCUCCAGAGUUCAGAAGACUCGGUCUCGCAGCCAAACUCAUGGAGAUGCUGGAGGAGAUCUCAGAGAGGAAAGGCGGAUUCUUUGUGGAUCUCUUUGUGCGAGUCUCCAACCAAGUGGCAGUGAACAUGUACAAACGUCUGGGCUACAGCGUCUAUAGGACAGUGAUAGAAUAUUACUCUGCCAGUAACGGAGAACCUGACGAAGACGCUUACGACAUGAGGAAAGCUCUGUCCAGAGACACAGAGAAGAAGUCGAUCAUUCCAUUGCCACAUCCUGUCAGACCAGAAGACAUCGAAUAACAGUAGACUGUGGCUCUCUGACGCUCUGCUCCCUUUAUCCUCAUAAUCAAAUGUGAAAUAAUGUCUGAUAAUUACAGGACCUGCUCAGUUACAGUGCACAUAGUUGAACUGUCACAGAUGCUGCUCACUCAAAGCUCCACAGUCAGAGAGCCACGGUUUGUACAAACUCCCAAUUCAGCCUCAUUUCCUGUAAAUUCUAAAUUUGCUUAUGAAAUGACACAAGAAGCCAGUUUGAAUUCAUGUAUGUAUAAUGGCACAGUUGGAGGAAAACAUGGUCCUACAGUAAAGACUGCUCAUAA